GUUAGAAGAAUGUGAGUGCAAGAGCGAUGACGUCACAGGUGGAGGAUGGCUCUGGGCAAACAACAGCUGAGGGUCAUCUGUCUCCUGGCCGUCGGGACCGUCUUUCAUUUUGUAGGAGUCAUCGCUAGACCUCGAAAUAAUCACAAUGAGUCUUUACCCGUCUCUGGAGGACAUGAAGGUGGACCAGUUGGGCAGAGCACAAGCCCAGCUGGUGAGUGAGAUGACAGCAUCACAGGGUGGCCCUCUUGCCACGGCCCCUCCAGUACAUGAUGCUCCACCCCCCUACCCCCUCCACCCCCCUCAGGCCCAGCCCAAGCCUGGCCUGGCCCUCUUAUACCCUGCCCUUGAUGACUACAUGGGGUUGGAGUUCACAGCUGAUGUAAUUGCUGCCAACAUGCCAGAAUACCUCCCAGUCGCUACACCACAACCUAGUGCUGUGAGUAUUGCCCCAUCUGUGAUGCCUUCUGGUAUUGUGGCACCUCUGUCAGGGUCUUCUGUUGGCCUCUAUAGAGCUCAGGUCACUAACAGCAUCAGAGAGGUGACGGUCUGCAAGGAUGCUGAAAGUAAAGUGGGUAUGCGUGUUAAGUCUAUCAACAAGGGAGUGUUUGUGUGCCUUGUGAAGAAGAAUUCUCCUGCUGCUCUUGCUGGACUACGCUUUGGAGACCAGAUCUUGCAGAUCAACGGUGAAACAGUGGCUGGCUACUCCAUGGAGAAGGUUCAUGACAUACUCAGGAAGUGUCCCACUAAUGGCAUCAACCUAGCCAUCAGAGACAGGCCAUUCGAGCGAACAGUAACACUCCACAAGGACAGCACAGGCCAUAUUGGAUUCCAGUUCCGUGAUGGUGAAGUGACAGCCUUGGUCAAGGACUCGUCUGCAGCACGUAAUGGACUUCUCAUAGAUCAUCAUCUUCUGGAGAUUAACGGGCAGAAUGUCGUUGGGGUGAAGGAUAAGGAUAUAUCCGCCAUCAUCAACGAGUGUGGACAAGUGGCCACUGUCACCAUAAUGCCGUCCUUUGUUUACAAACACAUGAUGAAGCACAUGGCAAGCUCUCUUGUAAAGUUUAUGGAUCAUUCAGUCCCUGACCUGUAAAAGUGUACCUUCAGCUCUAAUGACUUAAAACAACUGCAGUUUUAUUGGCCAGAAGGAGCAGUAAACUGCUCAUUAAAGGGGGCGAUGGACCAAAAUGCAUGGGCAUUGUUUAAAACAUAAGGAACUGUAGGACUCUUUGUCUUCAUAUAUUUUGCUAUGAUUGUAAAGGAAACAGUAGGAUGGGUGCAGAAACCUUUCAUUUUAUGGGAUACAUUUUAUGCAAUUUAAAUAUGGUUUAUCUGUUUAAUGUUUGCAGUAUACUAAUUCCUGGUAUGACCAAGUGAUUUGGGUGUCCAUAAAGUUGGUAUACAUUUACAAAAAUUACUUAAAUAUAAUUAUUGAUAGUGUUUAUUAUGUUUUCUUCCCAGAACAUUUUUAUUUCAUUAUAUGUAAUCAAAUUGUCUGGUCAAGAAGAGAUAUAUUAUAGUAGAAUGGUGAGUGACUGCUGUGUCCUAGUUUAUUUUUAAUCAGUACAGGUACUGCCUUACACAUCCUUCAUUCAUAUCAUACACAGCUUCUCUCAGCAUACCUCUACACAUAUUCCCACUGACCGAGCAUUAAGAAUCACAUGGAUUUGGUUUCCCUAUUGUUUGUUUUUAUGAACAGAUAAUGUAUUUCCUUUGCAUUUUUUGGGUUUGGUUACUUAUUGAGCAUUACUCUUACCUUAAAAAUUUUAACCUGCCACACAAGGUGAACAGAGACCAUCUUACUCCUUCACUGAAUGUAUAUAAGGGUGCAGAACACUUGGUGGUACUGUGUACAGUAACAGUUGCAUCAUUGGGAAUCCAGGGCCAUGUAGCAACAUUAAUGCUCGGUCAGUACAUGCUGAUGGUGUAUCGUGUUACUUUUAAAAUAUAGUAAUAAUUAUGGUAAAAUCACACCACAAAUGCCAUAAAGUAUACUAGCUUAAUGAACACCCCAUCAUAGGGUUAAUGCUACAACAUUAAGUGCUUUACAUGAUGAAAGGUGAUUGAUGACCGCUGUUCUCAUACCUGCUGAUGAUGCCCACAAACAAUUAGCUUUGACUUGCAGUUAAUCAUAGAUAAUGUACUAUUCUUAAUAUUCAUAUAAUAUACAGUAAAAUGUAGUCGUGGUAAAGAAGGGAAUACUGGAGGAGGUUAAAGAUGUGUGUGAUGUUAAGUAUGAGUGGUGUGAUGGAGAGAAAUAAGAGAACAAUAUGCAAGAAAAGGUGAGGAGAGAGAGUUGGGUAAUAUAACCGAGGGAGGGGCCGUAAAUUUGGAGGUACGGAACGUGUAAAUUGUGGAAUGGAGAAAGAGGUUUGCUGAGGUGGUAUGGACAUAUGAAAAGGAUGCAGGCAGAAAAGAUGACAAAGAACAUGUAGGGGGGGGGGGAGGUUAGUGACUGUGUGGAGGAGGCAAAGAUAGAACAAUUUGUUUAAUGAGAAGGGAAAUAAAAUAGUUUAGGAGGUAUGUAGUGAAGGCUCUUCUGCUGUAGCCAUGUCAUAGGAAGCCACCCAGAGGAGUGUCGUAGAUAGGGUACUUAAAGAAAGACAAGUGCCAUGCAAGUGAUUAUUUAAUCUGGACAGGUAAAUGAUUUUGUUUGAUGGAUAUGAAUUUAACACAAUUCCAGUCCUCGCAUAAUGUAGUGGAUUUCACAAGUUGUGUGUGUGUCUGAUAUGUUGUAAUUUCAGGAUUAUUUAAACAGCCAUAUUCAGUCAUUUCUAUUUACUGCCUUUCAUUCAGUUUGUAAUCAUUUUAUAUUUACAUAGUCUCAUCUGUAAAUGUAGUCCGGUGUCUUUCAUUGCAGUGACUACUGGCACAGAACUAGGAGUAUUUAUGACCAAGUCAUUGGAAAGAUCCUUUUAAAUGGAAUUAAACAGUGAGGUGUUCUCUCUUGUCAUAUAUUAUGCAUCCUCUAAGGAUUAUUAAAUGGUAUUGCAAUUACAGUACCUUAGUGGAAAGUAUAAUUGGAUUUUUAGUUGCACACUUUUUUAAGAUCUUGCAUAGUUGUAAAGUACAGUUGUCAGUUGGUUAGGUGUAUUUUAUAUAAGAAAUAUCAGAGUGUUUUAUCCUUCCAUUACAAUAUUGUAAGUAUAAUCCUUAUCACACUAUUGAGCAGUUGGGACGACUGAGUGUAUGGAAUAUAAUCUCAUAUAGUAUAUGCAUUAUUAUGGCUCUUGGAGAAUGGUUGAAAAUUUAACGUGUAAUUGGUACCGAUUUGAUUGAAGUUUGCAAUAUUGUCAAUAUUACUAUUGACAGGAUGUAUGCAUGUUUAAUUCCUCAUGAAAAUGAUCAUUUGUGCUUCAGAUAUUUGUGAGGUAUGUGAUAACCUGUAGUAUGGAAAUAUAAUGUAUAGUCUUUAUUAUAAUAAAAAUUAAAUGUGAAAAAUAA